AUGUCGUCCACAGGCCAUCAAGGACCGUUCGCUGAACCCACCUCUGAAGCUCAGACAGUCCUGCUCCCUGCAAACCCGUCCGUGAGCCGAAGCAGUGAGCCUGUUCCUAAUCCACCAAGUGCCAAUUCUCAAGGCCGCUCCUCGGAGAAGCCGUGGAAGCCGACGAUCAACCGUCAACAGAGCUGGAGUGAGCAGGAUCAGAAACAUGAGCUUCAGUCUAGGCUGCUAGCAACAGAGCGAGGGAAAGAGACAGGGUUCACGGAGAUAUUGCAGGAUAUGUAA